AUGCAACAACCAAGCUCUGAUUAUUCCCCAGACCUGGUCAAAGAAACCUGCACCAGCGUGGAACCUCUAGACAGGGAAGCUGAUCUCCAUAAGGAAAAUGCUGCUUGGUCUGAAAGCAGCAGCCCUGAAGAUGUCUUCAGCUCCUCUGAGGUGCAGACAGUACCAGUUUUUAUGGACACCACCUCGCCUCCUGGGGACUACAUUCUCCAACAAGGUUACACAGAGUCUUCACUUCUGAGGCUUCCUGCAGAGGAGCGCAAUGGGAUCCACCAUGCACCUUUCCAGUUCGACCGCCACGCUCGGGCCAGAAUUUCCACUUCUCCAACUUUAAGGCGCCUCAGGAUGGCCUCUGCCUCACAAGCACUGUCAUUUCAGGACUGUUCUUACACAGCUCAGCUGGGAAAUCAAAAGGAAUACACUGGCUCUCUCCACCACAUUUGUAAGAGUCCGCCUCGACCAGCCGAGCGCAGGCGCAGCUCCCUGGUGGUGAGCCUGCCGGGCCUUGAGGUGUUCCCUGGAGACCUGCUGGUGUCAGACAGUGCCAUGGACUACCUGCCCUGCUCAUCCCUCCUGCUCACUGCAGAGUCCAAAAAAUCAAGGUGGCCAUUUGCCAAAAGAGGAGUCGGUAAAGACAAACAGAAGCAAGCAUCUGAUCUGGAAAGUUGUCUUUCUACUGUUAAGAUCACAGACUGCUGCACAGAUGAGUUUUUCUGCUUUAAGAGUAAAUCUUGGCAUGAAUUUCUAAAUGAGCCACAGACUGAGCAGAAAAAUGUCAAGAGCCAGUUAGAAGUGAAAAAAGAAGCAGCAGUGUGGGAACUUUUCACAAGUGAAUGCACUUACUUUCUGGAUCAUUUGCUGGUUCUCAAGAUGAUAUUUAUGAACACUCUAAAAUACCUCCAGAGUAAUGAAUUUCUCUUGGAUGUGGAUUUGUGGAGACUUUUUGCAAACUUAGAGGAGUUAAACAAGAUAAGUCUCAGUUUUCUGAAAACAUUUUUUGAAACUAUGAAGAAGCACAUCAGCAAGUCAGACUCUCCUAUGGAUUUCAGCUCCGUACUCAGAAUGUUUUUUCAGGGUGACCUCUGUGAGACACACCAGAUUUAUUGCCUUAAUUACACCUCUGCUGUCUUCUACUUGGAAAAGCUGAGACAGAGAGAAGAUUUUGGCAUCUACCUGAAGUGGUGUGAACAAAAUGAACAGUGCAAGAGGUUGCAUCUGCCAGAGCUGCUGGUUGCUCCUCUGCAUCGACUGACGCGGUAUCCCCUUCUCCUCAACAACAUCUGGAAGAGGACCACUGAUGAAACAGAGAAAAGUUUUAUCCAGUCACUUAAAGAGAAGGUGGAAAAGUCUAUAAGGGAUCUGGAAGGAAAAGUCAAGUGGUUGGAUAACUUUCAGAAGUUCAGGCAGCUGCAAGAGGUCAUAAUUUGGCCUCAGGUCUGGGAUCGUGACAAAAGGUUCUUUGUUCCAGAGUGUUUGAAGCAAAACUUAAGAGAAAACAGCAGUGAAAACAUUUUGUCUUCAGCGAACAGACUUCUCCUUCAUGAAGGGAAGCUGAUGCUAGCAGAAAGCACAAGGCUCCUUGAUGUCUACCUCUUUUUAUUUGAUGAUUUCCUACUAAUUACCAAAAUUAAACGUAACAAAAAGAAAUAUGGAGGUUCAGACACCAGCUUAAUCCCCAUCUGUCCUUCCCUCACUCCUGAGCUACAGUCCUUCAUAAGAGAGGGGGGAUUUUGCACAGUCCUAGACCAGCCCAUCCCACUAGACAGACUCAUACUGAAAAAUGUUGAACCCAUCCAAGUUACAGUCUUCAGCCUGCGAAAUGCUUUUCUAAUUCAGCAUGAGAACAGGUAUCGGCAGUGCAUAGCACUCUUCUUGCUACAAGCUCAGACAGAGACUGCCAAGAAAGCAUGGAUGUCACAGAUAGAAACAGCAAUCUCCAAUUACACCACACAACAUGAAACCAAGAAAAGAACUGCUUUCUGCUUCCCUGUUGAAUCCUCUGAAAUUUAA